CAUUUUUCAAAUAUGGAUGGAGAAUCACAAAUCUUGAAGAGCUCAGCUGGACACGGAAAACGAGGAGGAUGGAUUACAUUCCCUUUUACAAUAGCAACAACAGCGGGAUUGAACAUAGCAGCAGCAGGUUGGAUGAAUAACUUGACAGUUUACUUAAUUGAGGAAUUUGGAAUGAAUAGUAUUGAUGCUGCUCAAGUUUCUAAUAUUAUGAAUGGCUCUGUCAAUUUUGUUCCUGUUGUUGCUGCUAUUCUUGCUGAUUCAUUCUUUGGUUGUUUCUCUGUUGUAUGGAGUUCUUGUUUUAUCUCUCUACUGGGCAUAGUUCUCUUAGCUUUAACAUCAACAAUUGACACAUUGAGACCUCAACAACUAUGCACAAAUGGUUCAGGCAUUUGUAUGUCACCAACAAAACUUCAAUUUGCCUUCUUAUACGGAGGAAUCGCGUUGGCAUCCAUUGGAUUAGGUGGAAUGAGAACCAACAUAGCAACAAUUGGCGCGAACCAAUUUCGCGACUCAAAGUACCAAAACAUGUUCUUCAAUUGGUUCUUCUUCACCAUGUACAUUGGGACAGUUAUUGGUGCAACUGUUAUUGUGUACAUUGAAGACAAUGUGAGCUGGAAAUUUGGGUAUUUUGUAUGUGUAGCUGUCAAUUUUGUUGGUUUAGUUGUUUUCUUAAGUGGAAGUAGAUUUUACCAUUAUGCUAAACUUGAAGGUAGUCCUUUUACUAGUUUGGCUCAUGUGAUUGUGGCAACUAUUAGAAAAAGGAAACUUCCAAUUUUAGAUGAGAAUAAUUGGUAUAAUGGACCACAUGCCAAUGUUGAUCAAACCAUGUCAAUAGCACCUUCAAAAAGUUUUGGGUUUUUGAAUCGUGCAGCGUUAAUAUGUGAAGGAGAUGUUAAACAGGACGACUCAAUCGCGAAACCAUGGAGACUCUGUACAGUAAGUGAAGUAGAAGACUUUAAAAGUCUAAUGAGAACUCUGCCAUUGUGUUCAUCAAGCAUAUUUCUUUCGACUCCUAUCGCGGUCCUAAUUAGUUUGUCUGUACUUCAAGCCUUAGCCAUGGACAGACAUUUAGGACCUCAUUUUCAAAUUCCAGCUGGUUCAAUACCUGUCAUUGUACUCGUCACCACCUCGAUUUUUCUUACAAUAUUCGAUAGAUUUCUCUUCCCCGCUUGGGAAAAAUUGAUUGGCCACAAUGUUACGCCUUUCAAACGAAUUGGAGUUGGCCAUGUGCUUACUUUUAUUGGCUUGGGAGUGGCAGCUUUAGUAGAGUCUAAAAGACUUAAUGAAGUCAGAGACAAAGACGGAUUCAGAAUUUCUGUCUUGUGGCUCGUGCCACAUUUAGUUCUUAUUGGGAUAGGUGAGGCAUUUCAUUUUCCAGGACAAGUAUCAUUGUACUAUCAAGAAUUUCCAACGUCGUUGAAGAGUGUUUCAACUGCCCUAACAUGGCUAGUUAUCGCGGUUUCAUUUUAUGUGAGUACCGCGUUGAUUGAUCUUGUUCGAAGGACGACUAGUUGGUUGCCAAAUGACAUAAAUCAGGGGAGAAUUGACAAGUUUUAUUGGGUGUUUGCUGUGGUUGGAGUGGUGAAUUUUGGGUAUUAUUUACUAUGUGUUUGGUUUUACAAGAGAAAAGUUGGGAACAAAGUGGUUGAUCAUGGUGCAUCUAAUGCUUUCAAAAAGUGA